ACACAGAGAACCCUAAAUCGAAUACCACCUCUGCUUCUAGAUUGGCUAUUUCUGUCCCCAAACCUGUUGUUGGACACAUCUGCUUGCUUCUGCGCCAGCCAGGGAUGGGAAAUAUUGAGCUUGAUGAAUUUAAAAAGCAUGUCUCUAACCAAAGACUAAAGGAGGCGGCGGUUGCUGUUAUUAAGGUGGCUCCUGGAAGCAUGGAGUUUGUUAGAUUAGAGAAACUUAAAAAACUUCUGCUAGAAAACCCCUACACAUCCGGUGAGAUGCCUGAUUGUGGUUUGUAUCGAUGGGAUGAGCUAAAGCGCGAGGUGCCGGGAGCUACUGACGAGGAACUAGCGUCCGCUCUUAGGGUUCUUUCAGCCGUAGAGAUUAAUGGGUAUUGGAGAUUUGUUGAUGAUAUGUACAUGAAUCAAUUGCUACUCACAAUUAUAUGGAUAUCCACAAUCAAGGGCUGGACUUUGAGUUCACUUGAUAAAAUUGAGCUUGUUGAAUCUCUAGUGGACUGGGGAUUCUCUAAAGUUGUUGCCCACCAUUGUUUCCAACUGUACGGUAGGACAACAUAUGGGGGUGGAUGGGAGAUGGAUACGACACGGGUUUGUUUACAUGUUGCACGCCGGAUAUUAGCUAAUGGAAAAAUGAAAAUCGGAGCUUUUAUGGAGGAAUGGGCAAGGCAUAUGCCUGUAGAAUUGCCUCUGAGUUUGGAUAUUUUGCAAGGGGAAGUUUUGGUAGAACAAUCUUCGGUUUAUUUGCCAUCAGACCGUUUUCCAGGCUAUUUCAAGAACGGGCCAAAUGGGAUUGGAAGGAUUUACACUCUUACAUCAGUGUUCCGCAAGAUGCACUAGAACAAGUUAACUGCCGAUGCUGUGCAAGAUGAUUUUCUGACUUUCGUUUCUCUCGUUGUUGAGUAUAUAUAUGCUUGCUUGCCUGUCUAACUUUGAUGUUUACUAUUUAUUUCGUCACAUAUGAAGUUUUUGCAUUGGUUAUUUAUGCCACUUUGAUGUGCAUUCGUUUCAUCACAUAUGAAGUAUUGCAUCCAAGCAGAGAAACCUUAAACCGGAA